AGUCGCGUGUGAUCGGACGCAGUCGGCCGACGGGUCGUGUUCAGUCAGUAUCGUUACGAUCGGAUUAGCUCGGUUCUUCGGAUUGAACGUCGUGACUGUCAUCGUAGCCUGUCAUCGUUCUCCUCUUCGUCGCCGUCGUCUUCCUCACCGUUGUCGUCAUCGUCACGCUUGUCCGUCGCACGAAGAUGUUUCACGUGCGGGGUCUUGCGCGCUCGUCGAUCGCCUUGAAGCAGGCGCCGAGCAACGACGUUCUGCGAGGCAUGUUGGCGCGAGUCCUGCCGGCUGCCGUGCAGGCCAACACCCGCGGCUACGCCGACCACCAGAUCCCGGAGCGGCUGAAGGACGUGCCCACGGCGCCGAAUCCCAAGUUCUUCGACAUGGUGGAGUACUUCUUCCAUCGCGCCUGCCAGAUCGUCGAGGAGAAGCUGGUCGAGGAUGUUGGCAAGCGCUCGCGGCUGCCAGUGGAGGAGCGCAAGAAGAAGGUCAAGGGCAUCCUGAUGUUGAUGGAGCCGUGCGACCACAUCCUCGAGACCACGUUCCCGCUGAGACGCGACUCCGGCGACUACGAGAUGAUCACCGGCUAUCGCGCCCAACAUUCCACUCAUCGGACGCCGUGCAAAGGAGGUAUCCGUUUCUCGAUGGACGUCUCACGGGACGAAGUUAAGGCCCUGUCGGCUCUGAUGACUUUCAAAUGUGCGUGCGUCGACGUACCGUUCGGAGGUGCGAAAGCGGGCAUCAAGAUUAAUCCUAAGAACUACUCCGAGCACGAGCUGGAGAAGAUCACCAGGAGAUUCACGCUAGAAUUGGCGAAGAAAGGUUUCAUCGGACCUGGCGUCGAUGUUCCUGCACCUGACAUGGGUACUGGUGUACGAGAGAUGUCCUGGAUAGCCGACACUUAUGCGAAGACUAUCGGCCAUCUCGACAUUAACGCUCACGCUUGUGUCACCGGUAAACCUAUAAAUCAGGGUGGUAUUCACGGUCGUAUCUCUGCGACAGGACGUGGAGUCUUCCACGGUUUGGAGAACUUCAUUAACGAGGCCAAUUACAUGAGCAUGAUUGGUACCACACCAGGCUGGGGAGGCAAAACAUUCAUUGUGCAAGGUUUCGGUAACGUGGGUUUGCAUUCCAUGCGUUACUUGCAUCGCGCCGGAGCCGCUUGCAUAGGUGUGAUCGAACACGACGGAGCCAUUUACAACUCCGAAGGCAUCGAUCCGAAGGAAUUGGAAGAGUAUCGUAUAGAAAACGGCACCAUCAUCGGCUUUCCCGGAGCCAAGCCGUACGAAGGCGAGAACCUUAUGUACGAACCAUGUGAUAUAUUUAUACCCGCUGCCAUAGAGAAAGUAAUUACCAAAGAAAACGCUGGACGUAUUCAGGCGAAGAUCAUCGCAGAGGCUGCCAACGGGCCGACCACUCCCGCCGCAGAUCAGAUCUUAAUUGAUAGAAAUAUUCUCGUAAUUCCGGACCUGUACAUUAACGCUGGUGGUGUCACAGUCUCGUUCUUCGAGUGGCUGAAGAACUUGAACCACGUGUCCUACGGCCGCCUGACUUUCAAGUACGAGAGGGAAUCCAACCAUCACCUGUUAGAAUCGGUACAGGAGUCCUUAGAGCGCAGGUUCGGUCGCGUCGGUGGCCGUAUCCCCGUUACUCCGUCUGAAGCCUUCCAGAAGCGUAUUUCCGGUGCUUCCGAAAAAGACAUCGUCCACUCCGGUCUGGAUUAUACGAUGGAGAGAUCCGCCAGGGCCAUUAUGAAGACUGCCAUGAAGUUCAAUCUUGGCCUUGACCUGAGGACAGCCGCGUACGCAAAUUCGAUCGAGAAGAUAUUCACUACUUACUCGGAAGCUGGUCUCGCUUUCUAAGUAUUAGUCGCAAAAUUGAACGCAGUGAAUCGUAAAGAAGAGCCCCGAGGACCGAGUCAGUUUUACCGUUUACGCCUGCGAGAGAGGUGAUUCCGCUCAAGAAGAGACAACUUCAUAACGGACGACGGUUGUUCAUCGCGUCGAGUCGCGACGAUAAACAGUGUGUCCCGCGUGCGCUCGUUCGCUCGAGACGGCUCGGACGCAUUUUUCCCCGCUGGUCAAGUUACGAACAAUUAACGACGCACAUUAAUUUCGCCAUAAUUUCGAGCCGCUGCUCAUUGGUGCUUGCGUGGUGAUCGGUUACGACGGGGGCGACGGUAAUAAAGCGAAAAUCAACAUGACGAACAAAAAUGUAACAAAGAUACUUAUCUUUCCCGGAUGCCUUGUUUUUGCUGCGCCCGUCGUAACGGAUCACUGCGUGGACUUAUGAACGGUGGCUCGCAAAUGACCACUUGUGACGCUCCGCUAACUGGAGAAAACGAAUGUCCGAGCCGUGUCGCGCACACGAGUGCACCAGGGUGUUGCAUCAACCGUGCAGGUCAGCAAGCCGGGUUGCCGUGACACUCGCUGUGCUGGCAGGCGCGCGUUCGACCUGUACGGCGAUGCGUACAUCCUCUGCAUCUAUCACCCGUCACGUUCUCCGCAUUGUAACGAUUUGCCUAGUACAUAUAUAGAAAAUUCAUAUAAAAAUUGGAUAUUAACGCGAGAUCGUUGAAGGAACACUACGACGGUAACGUUGAAAGAUGAUGGGGAGAUGAGGAGAGACGUCCGACCUCGUCUGCGUCAGCAAGAACAGGUUACGGAACAGUCAGGCGCAAGACCAGUGCAUUUUUAUAAUUCACUUUUUAUGCAUAUGAUGUAACAAUAUACAUACAUAAUAUAUAUAUAUAUAUAUAUACAUAUAUAUAUAUAUAUAUAUGAUUACGACACGGUCGAGUCGGACAGCUGUUUAUAAUCCGCCGUUUCUUCUCGAAUUGUACAAUUUUAAUGACACCGCACGAUAUUCUAUCGCCGAUCGCGAUGCCAAACAAAGUGAAAGUAUUCGCGGAUGUUAUCUCAUGAGACGAGAGAAAAAAGAAAGAGUUUGUUAUAGAAGUGUGAAGGAGGAGAACGACGUGUAGCACGUUAUAGUGUGGUGUAACUCAGUCGUUGUACGCAAGAUCCCGUUAAGCAAGAGGACACGCUCAGCAAGAUACAACGCUUUUCGAUUCGUAUGUACGCGAAAAACACCAUCUCGUCAACGAUACUUGACACGUUUAACAGAGUGUUAUUUAUCAGGUGUGCGCCAUUGCUUCGAUUGCACUUGGAAUCGUGGAAAUAAAUCAACUGAUGGGGUUAUGACUGUA